UGUUUUUGUAUUCUUUGCAAAAACAAAACUAAUUCUGAUGCAUUUACAUAUGCAAUGUAUUUGCAUAGAGGUCAAAGUGAGUGAUUUUCAUUUUCAGAUGCAACUGGGUUUGAUGUGAUGAGCGAGUACAUAAUCAGAAUUAAUUAGCUUUCAGUUUCUUUUCCAAUUAAAGGAAUGACACUGGUGGACUAUAGGUGAAGCAUGAUACAGCUGCAGAGCUGUUGCUGUCAUUAGAAAUCACAACUACAUGGAUUGAUUUUCCAAAACCUUUGCAGCAGCUGGAGAAUCAGUGAGCUGCAUCAUCUCUGUGCUUGUCAGCUUUUUAAAAUUUCUCUUUAGUCCAGAAUGGAAGGAAAAGGCCAAUUUUGUCACAAUAUGAUGGAUUUGUAUUGUGAUGUUACGCAUCAGCCAUCACUCUCCUUGUUUCCUGUUCCACUCACACCUGCUCCUCAUCUGUAAUCAACUAACCUGUUUCCAUGCAGUCAUGAAUAAAAGGUUCAGUCUGCUGUCAGACCUUCCUGUGUCUGCAUGCAUUUCAGUUGGAUUACAGCUAGUUUUGCAUUGUUUUGCUGCCUGGGUUGCUGCAAUUAAUUGUAAAGAUUUGAUGACUGACUGUCCCUUGCAUCUGCAAUAUUUGCUGUUUCAUGACAUAGGCAUUUUUCAGGUCAAAGCGUUCAUGCCUUUCAGACAUUUUAGUGUAUUUUUCUUAAUUUGUCUUUAUUCCCAUCUUUGACUAUCAUUAUUUGGGUGUUUUGGACAAACCAUCAAGCUGAUAAAAUAUGAUUAGAAGAUAAAACUUGACAACCUGUUAAUUGUUUUACUUUGAGCAUGCAGGAGAUUUUAGCAGACUUGCUGGGUGUUGCUCAGUCUGCCGACCAAGGAGGCUUUCCAAUUAUAUGAAUUAAAAUACUAAUUUGGUAUAAAGGGCCAAAGUGAAUGACUGUAAUAGCAUUUCCAUAGUUUUUGAGGACUAUUUCACUUUGCCUUCAUCAUACAAAAACAGAACAAUAGAUUAUUUUAAUAUAUUUUUAAGAUGUAGAGAUUUAUUUAAAAAAAUACACUGAGUGAACUUUAAGGUUUUGUGAGAAAAACCAGCUGCAGAUUAAAUUUAAAAUAUUUUUUAUUUCAAGAAGACAGAGUUCACGCAAGGACUUAAUCAAUCUUCAGUUUUAGUUUUGAAAGAAACCUUUGCUAAUUGCAUUUAGGCUAUAAACUGAAAAGAUCUUUUGUAUUAUUUAUUAAGUCAAAUUCUAUUAUUCUGUUGCCUUCAUAUAAUUGCCUAUAGGUGUGGAUUGAAUCUGUUAAUUGGAGUACAAAUCAAUUGAUGCCUGAUAGAAGGCUUUGGCUCCCCUGGAUCAGGUUGAUAAAUGGUUCAGUCCAGAACAGCUCUGCUUGGCUGGGAGCUGCAGACGUUCCGGCUGCAGUUUACCAGAGGAAGGAGAGCAGAGGAGGAGGCAGCUCUGCUCCGACAACGUCAUCACCGGGUUUGAUUAUGGCCAUGUACAAAGGCAGGCGUCGUAACCAGAGAUAUAUCAACAUGGCAGGAGAACCCAAACCAUACAGGCCAAAGAUGGGCUCCAAGAGACCUCUCUCGUCUCUGUACAGCGGAUACGAGUUUGACUAUGAUUACUACAGGGAUGAUUUCUACAGCAGACUCUUCGAGUACCACGGCCGUGUGGUUCCCCCGACCCGAGCUGUGAUCCCCAUCAAACGCUCACGGCUCGUUGUCCCAUCCACUCGCAGAGCCAAAUCCUCCUUUCCAAUCAGAACCUGUUCUUCUUCCUCCUCUUCCUCCUCUUCAUCCUCCAGAGCAAUCAUCGGCUCCUCCAUCACCGGUCACAAGCUGAAGACAGACCAGCUCCUAACAAUCAAGAAGGAGCUUUCGCAGAUCAAGACAAAGAUUGACUCGCUGCUCGGGAGGUUGGAGAAGAUCGAAAGGCAACAUCGCUCUGAUGCCGAGCUGCAGAGGAAACAGGAGGAAAUGUGUGAGCGUUUCCAUGGUGAUGCAGAGGACCACUCUGGAGGAGAGGAGGUGGGAGGGACAACCGAGGUGGAGGCAGGCGAGAUGACUGACGGUGGUGAAGAUGACUUUGAAGAUGAAGGCACCAGUGACAUGAUAGAAAACCACAUAUCAGACAUUGACAACUGAGGAUGGUUGAGUGGAGAAAUGAAGAAAAAUAAAUUGUGACAGCGGAUACCAGCAACACCUUCUUGAACAAGGAGGUUUGUUUAAAUGAAAGGAAACAACCAGGGAAGUGACUGGCAGUAGCAGAAGAGGUUUUGUAGCUUGUUGGCCUCAUCGAAACAUGACUCUCUUGAUGCGUUCUUCAUCAAAAUCAAAUGCUGGGUUUAAAAAUCCAGACUUCUGCAAGAUCAGCUUCAAAGAGCAAUGAAAAAUCUGAAUGGUUGCUUCUCUGAAAAAUGGGGACAAAACAGUAUAUUGUGUGCUUAAUAUUUAUAUAAUGGUCUCUAUUGUACACACACACACACACACACACACACACACACACACACACAGAUAUAUAUAUAUAUAUAUAUAUAUAUAUAUAUAUAUAUAUAUAUAUAUAUAUAUAUAUAUAUAUACAUACAUACAUACAUACAUACAUACAUACAUACAGUUAUAAGAAAAGAAAAGGUUUCUUUUGUUCUCAUUUGCUUUUGUUUUUGUGGAUUAAAAACUGACAAACCACAUUUCAGGGAGUGAGUUAAAUAUGAAUGUAAAAAAGAACUUGUGUUUUCUGCAGCUGAUUAUGAUGUUAUUUAUUUUAUUCUUCACUGUAUUGUUUAGCUGCAGUGUCUGCUCUCUGUAUUGUACGCAUUUCAUGUUUGUCAUCUGUUUUUCACAGUAAGCAUUUAAAUUCUUAUGUUUAUGGUGAUACAAAAGGUCACAUUUUUUCUCCUGGCAUGUUAAUAUGUGAAUAUAAUGGAUUUGAUUUGUUUCUAUCUGUUAAACAGCCAUGGGUGUUAAGAGUUUUUGACAUAAACUGACACCGUCUUAAAAAAUGUGAGUAUUGCAGUUUUUAUUGUCUUAAAACAAGAUUUCCAGUGAUUUAUUUUUCCUUUUUUUUCACAAUUUAACAUAUUUGAGACACAUCUUGACAUCAAGUGUUGAAGAUAUAUCUGCUCUAUUUGUAUGAAAUACCAAUGAAAGGAUGGGGUGGAGUUGCCAUGUGUGGAUAAAAACUUUGACUUUACAGUUUUGGACAGUAUGUCUGGAGUUGUAGUUAAAAUGCUUGAAGAUAUAACAAUUUAAUUUUGCAACAAAAGCAAUAAACCUGCAAUCAUUACUUGUAUGUAUCGGACACCAGCACUUGGACCAGCUCUUAUGAGAGAAUCCUAAGGCGUUCCCUGGCCAGGUGGGAGACGUAGUCCCUCCAGCGUGACCUGGGUCUCCCUUGAGGUCUCCUUCUGUUUGGAUGUACCAGGGAGGCAUCCAGGAGGCAUCCUAACUAGAUGCCCGAGCCACCUCAACUGGCUCCCCUCAAUGUGGAGGAGCAGGGGAUCUACUCCAAGCCCUUCCCUCAUGACCGAGCUUCUCGCCCUAUCUGUAAGCGAGAGCCCAGCCACCCUGCGGAGAAAACUAAUUUUGUCCGCUUGUACCUGCAACCUCAUUUCAACCACUACCCAAAGCUUGUGACCAUAGGUGAGGGUAGGAACGUAGAUUGACCGGUAUAUCGAGAGCUAUCCGGUUCAGCGCUCUCUUCACCACAAUAGACAGGUACAACGCCCGCAUCACUGCAGAUGCAGCACCAAUCUGCCUAUAUGAUCGCUUAUCGUGAAGAAGACCCCGAGAUAGAGUUAAGUAUCUUGGGGUCUUUUUCACAAGCGCAGGAAAGAAGGAGCGCUAGAUCGAUUGGCAGAUUGGUGUUUUCAAAAGUCCAUAGCUGUCCAAAUAAAUCACUAUUUAUAUUUAUGAUGUGGGGUUGCUGCAGCUGGUCAGGUCUAGAUUCAACGACAUUAAGUUCCCAGAGAAUGAAGUCAGAUGACUACUUACCAGGUUAAUCCAUGAAUGGGUUGUUUCUUCUCUGAUGGCACGGGCAUAUUCCAAGAAGACAAAGGCUGGAUUAAAAGGACUCGAAUAACAAAAGAGCUCAAUGAGCCUGAGCCAUUAUUUGCACGCAUGGAUUGACCACCGCAAAGUCAGAAUUUGUACAUUGGAUUCUCCCAUCAUCAAUACAACAUCUAGUAAAAAGUUAAUGCAAUGCUGGAUGAAAAUCAACCUUGUGACCCUGCAGAAGCAAUGUGGCAUUGUUGAAACUAUUCUACAGUGAAUGUGAGCCAUAAUCAAAGCUAAAGGUGGUCCAACAAAUGUUCUAUAGUGUUUAACUACUUUUAUGACGCCAAUUAUUUUGGUGGGCAGCUGUGCACUUACAACUCUGAAUUAAAUAAGGCGAGACAAGCCCUUUUCUCCAAAGUAAUUGUUGAUAAUAUCAACAAUUCCUGUGUUCUGUUUGCUACUAUUGAGAGGUUAACUAAUCUCCCAACACAGCUAAACCCUGAUUUCAUAUCCCAAAUUAAGUCUAAUGAGUUUGCAUCAUUUUUCAAUGAGAAAAUAAUAAACAUCAGAUCAGCCAUUUAUUACUCCAUGUCCACCAACACAACCAGACCACAGCUACAGCCACACGACAACUCUCUGACUUGAAUGCCAGCUUUCAGUGUGAUUAGUGCUAAAACACUAGAGGACAUGGUUAAGACCUUAAGCUCAUCUGCUCAACUACUUGCUUUCUGGACAACCAACUAACUUCUUCAAAAAUGUUUUUAGCUGCUUAAAAGCUGAUGUACUGAAAAUUGUUUACCAUUCCCUAAUAUCAGGGAUUUUUCCCAAAUCACUGAAAACUGCUGUGCCUCUUCUGAAGAAAAGGAAAUUAAACCCCUUAGUGAUGAACGACUACCAACCAAUCUCUAAUCUCCCCUUCAUUGGGAAAAUUCUUUGUUUUUUCUCUAUGUCUGGUCUGGACCAGGCCCCCGCAGUUCUGGGAUGAAAAUGAAGCCAACAAGGAAGUUGCAAUUAUUUCAACAAUUCACCCCCGUCUUCAUUCCUCUGAAGCCAAUUUGAGCAAUAACCUCCAUCCUAUUCUUCUUAUUUCUAAAGACAACAACUUCAGUCUUGUCUCUGUUUAACUGGAGGAAGUUUGACUGCACCUAGUCAUUAACUUGCUCCAAACAAUGACAGCGUGAGUUUAGGGGACCACAGUCACUAGGUGGUAGAGCUAGGUAGAUCUGAGUGUCAUCAGCGUAACUAAGAUAAGCAAUAUUGUUGUUGUGCAUGACCUGACCCAGGGGGAGCAUAUUUGAAGAGCAGUGGUCCAAGAAUUGAGCCUUGGGGGACCCCACAUUUCAUAGUAAACUACAGAAUUGAUUUCAAAGUACUUCUACUAGUUUAUAAAUCACUCAGUGGCAUGGGGCCAGUAUACAUGUCAGAUCUCCUUCAGGUAUAUAUGCCCAGCAGGGCUCUGAGAUCCUUAGGAAACAGUCAGCUGGUAGAACCUCAGGUCAGAACCAAACAGGGUGAAGCUGCUUUUAGCUACUAUGCUGCACACUGAUGGAAUCAGCUUCCUCAUGACCUGAAAUGUGUCCCAACUCUAGAAACUUUUCAAUCAAAUUUGAAAACCUUCAUGUUUUAUUCAGCCUUUGAAUGCUGCAAAUUCUGCACUGUAUUUGCUCACUAUUUAACUUAGACUUUGUUACUUUUUAAUUUUUAAAUAGUAUUUUCUGUCACGUAGAUUUUAAUGCUCUUGCUAUUCUUACUAAUGAAAAGCACAUUGAAUUGCCUCUGUGUAUGAAAUGAGCUAUAAAUUAAGCUGCCUUACGUUGCCUUGCUCAAAAUCAGUGAAACUCAUAAGAAUAGCCGGAAGCAUUUAUUUAAGCUUCGCUCUCAUAGUAUGGACUCAGUAGUUCAUACUUUUACUUACAGUAGGUGUCUUUAAAACUACUAAACAUGUCCACCUAAAAUAUAAAACACAGCCGCUGCCUUCCCUUAAUCCCUCUGCUUUCAAACUGCAGCAGUAAAACAUUACAAAACACUAAAAAUGAAUCUGCCAUGGUUUAAUAAAUACAAACUAAAUGUGUGAACUUGUAGGGAUCUACAGCUCUGUGCUAACAAGGACUAUGUUUUUUAAAGCCUUUUAUCAGCUCAAUGCAGGCAUUUUUAACAGAGUGGUGUUUGAGGGUGAACUUCUGCAGAGAGGAAAAAUAGAGAAAAAUUAUUACAUGCAUUUAAAAAUUGACAUCAAUAUGAGGCUACAUCUAAGUUAUUCAGUAGUUGAUAUCGUAAUAGGACUGAAAUGUGAAAGAAACAACAAAUAAUGUUAAAUAUAAAAUUAAAACACUAAAGAUUAAUGCGUUCAGAUUCACAUUGGCUCUACGAAAAUAAACCUUUUCUCCUUUUUUUAAAUCUGGUGUCCUUGAAAAUGAGACAUGGUGGCCUGGCAUUUCUAAUUCAGUCACUUUGUUAGCACCAGAUCAUCAUUUUUACAGGUUAAGGAGGGCCACUGGCUGGUUUGCGGGUAUAUUUAGUUCUAUCACAGCUGGCCAGCAGCCAGUGACUACAGUCAUCCGUCAUGCAGCUCCCAUUAUAUGGACAAUGCUCUGCUAUGAUGAGCUGAAUCCAUCACUGGCACGUGGAACUGCUGGAAACGUAUGAGAAUAUUGGGGGUCAGGAUAUUUUUAAUCAGCUGUGAUUAACCAAAGGCUCGUGCAAAAGAUGUAAAGCUCACAGUGAGCAUCACUUCAAAGAUCUGAGGUGAGCACAGAGCCAAAGUCCUGGGGCCUCAUUUAUCAAGCUUGCUUACGCACAAAACGGGGUCGGAAAACUGCGUAAGCAACUUUCCAUGCGAACUUUGGGAUUUAUGAAAGAAAACUUAGCGGAAAAAUGUGCGCAACUGUAUACUGUUGAUCUAAAGUGGAAUUACCCUGUGGAAACAGCAAUUUUCCAUUUUAGAGCAUUUUGAAAUCACUGAAAGUUUUGUCGUAUAUGGGCAAUUUAAAAAGGCCUUUAUUUUGGAAGGCAACAUCAGAAUAACUUGAUAUUGAUAUAGUAUCACUGUGGGGUUGUAUACUGUUGAUCUAAUGUGGAAUUAACCUGUGAAAACAGCAAUUUGCUAUUUUAGAGCAUUUUGAAAUCGUUAAAGGUAGGUCAAUUGUGGACAAUUUAAAAAGGCCUUUAUUUUGGAAGGCAACAUCAGAAUGACUUGAUAUUGAUAUGGUAUCACUGUGGGGUUGUAUACUGUUGAUCUAAAGUGGAAUUACCCUGUGGAAACAGCAACUUUCCAUUUUAGAGAAUUUGGAAAUCACUGAAAGUUUUUUCAAAGUUUUUUGUUAAUAAUUUCACCAUUUCACCAUCGGAUCGCUUAUAAAGUAAUAGCACACCUCCCACGGCCGAGCCGUUCGUUUUGAUGUAUAAUUUGUGGGGAUGCACGCUGCCGUUGGAGCCGCAUUAAGGUCCAUAGAAGAAAAAUAAAGGACAUUAAUGUUGAAAACUCCCCAGGUGCAUAACAGCAAGGACCCUGCUUGCUGCUGCUGCAGCAGGUUCCUUAAUAAAUAAACUGAUUAACUAAAAUGAAAUCAAUUUUAAGUGGCAUGGGGCCAGAAUACACGUCAGAUCUCCUUCGGGUGCACACACCCAGCAGGGCUCUGAGGUCUGCACACAGGGAAUCAGCUUUCUCAUGACCUCAAAGGUGCCCCAACUCUAGAAACCUUUAAAUCAAAAUUGAAAACCUUCAUGUUUUCCUCAGCUUUUGAAUAUGUUCUUAUGCUGCACCUUCUACACUGUAUUUGCUUGUAUUUCUUUUUAAUCUUUAAACUGUAUUUUCUGUCACGUUGAUUUUAAUGUUCUUGCUCGAGGAAAGCAAAUUAAAUUGCCUCUGUGUGUGAAAUGUGCUAUAUAAAUAAAGCUGCCUUUCCUUGCCUUGCUAAUAUUAGUUUAAAUUAAAAGAGCCUAAAAGAAAUUUAUGGUUUCUAGGGUUUUUAGAAUUUUUGUUUAAAAGGAUUUCAAAAUAAAAGCAUUCUUUGG